UUCUUCCCCUGAGCUGCCCUUCACACCCGACCCUGCCUUGAAUUACGAUUCCAUAGGAGAGCUGGGGGCAGGAGAAUGGGGUGGGUGUUCCCUGCUGUCCAGCUUCAGACCCACUCUUUGAGAUAUUGGAUUCUGACAAGUUUCCAGAGCUGAGAAGACAGCCAGAUGUCAAGGUCUGAAGGGUUGUGGAUACCCCCUGGCUGGGCUUCAUGGAGAAAUCUUCCCUGAUCACCAACCUGAAUCCCAGAGUAGCCUCCAUCUUAGGACAGAAUGAGAGGCCUUCUGUAACCAGAUAUAACUGGCCAGCAUGGGGAAAUUGAUCAGGAUGGGGCCGCAAGAGAGGUGGUUACUCCGGACAAAGCGGCUUCAUUGGAGUCGCCUCCUCUUCUUACUGGGAAUGUUGAUCAUCGGUUCUACCUAUCAGCACCUUAGGAGACCCCGGGGCCUUUCCUCAUUGUGGGCAGCAGUCUCAUCUCAUCAGCCUAUAAAACUGGCCAGUCGGGACCUCCCCAGUGAAGAGAUGAUGAUGGUGAGCAGCAACCCUUCAAAACCUAGCUCCGAAAAGGGGGGUAAGAUGCUGGUACCCCAAGCCUCAGUGGGCAGUGAUGAAGCAACACUGAGCAUGACAGUGGAGAAUAUCCCCAGUAUGCCUAAAAGAACAGCCAAGAUGAUCCCAACAACAACCAAGAAUAAUUACAGCCCAACAGCAGCAGGUACAGAAAGAAGGAAGGAAGAUACCCCAUCAUCCAGUAGAACACUGACUUACUACACCUCAACUUCAAGCAGACAAAUAGUAAAAAAGUAUAUCCCAACACCCAGGGGAGAAAUGAAGAGCUACAGCCCAACUCAAGUCAGGGAAAAGGUGAAGUAUACUCCUUCCCCACGUGGUAGAAGAGUAGGCACUUACGCUCCAUCCACAUUCAUGACAAUGGAAACAAGCCAUGCGAUCACCCCCAGGACAACAGUGAAGGAUAGUGACAUUACAGCAACCUAUAAAAUACUGGAAACCAACUCUCUUAAGAGAAUAAUGGAGGAAACCACCCCAACCACUCUCAAGGGAAUGUUCGAUAGCACCCCAACUUUUCUGACACAUGAGGUAGAAACAAACGUCUUGAUUUCUCCAAGGAGCGUCGUGGAAAAAAACAACCUGUCUCCCCCCAGAAGAGUGGAAAGUAACAGCUCAGCCCAUCCCUGGGGGUUAGUGGGAAAGAACAACCUGAAGACUCCCCAGGGAACAGUCCUGGUGCAUACCCCAGCCACCUCUGAGGGGCAGGUGACAAUAAGCACCAUGACAGGCAGCAGCCCAGCAGAAACCAAAGCCUUCACUGCUGCCUGGAGUCUUAGGAAUCCCUCACCCAGGACCAGUGUAUCAGCCAUCAGAACAGCCCCAGCCACAGUCUGGAGGCUGGCAAAGAAACCUUCCACAGCACCCAGCACCUCAACAACCCCCACGGUCAGGGCAAAGCUGACCACGCAGGUCCAUCACUGUGUGGUUGUGAAGCCAACCCCAGCCAUGCCCACCACUCCCUCCCCAAGCCUCACAACGGCCCUGUUCCCAGAGGGGCUCAGUCCCAGUCCCUCAGUGCUGCCUCCCAGCUUGCCAGACCUCCACCCCAAGGGAGAGUACCCCCCAGAUCUGUUCAGUGUGGAGGAGCGGCGGCAGGGCUGGGUGGUCCUGCACAUUUUUGGCAUGAUGUAUGUGUUUGUGGCCUUGGCCAUUGUUUGCGACGAGUACUUCGUUCCAGCCCUGGGUGUCAUCACAGACAAGCUGCAGAUCUCUGAGGAUGUGGCAGGCGCCACAUUCAUGGCUGCUGGAGGCUCUGCUCCUGAGCUCUUCACCUCCCUCAUCGGUGUCUUCAUUUCCCACAGCAAUGUGGGCAUCGGUACCAUUGUGGGCUCUGCUGUGUUCAACAUUCUCUUUGUCAUUGGCACUUGUUCCCUCUUCUCCCGAGAGAUCCUCAACCUCACCUGGUGGCCCUUAUUCCGUGAUGUCUCCUUCUACAUCCUUGACCUGAUAAUGCUCAUCCUCUUCUUCCUGGACAGCCUCAUUGCCUGGUGGGAGAGCCUGCUGCUGCUGCUGGCUUAUGCCUUCUAUGUGUUCACCAUGAAGUGGAACAAGCAUAUCGAGGUCUGGGUGAAGGAGCAGCUCAGCAGGAGGCCAGCAGCCAAGGUCAUGGCCUUAGGAGACCUCAGCAAGCCGGGCGAUGGGGCCAUUGCGGUGGAUGAGCUACAGGAUAAGAAGAAGCUGAAGCUCCCGUCCUUGCUGACCCGAGGGAGCAGCUCGACCUCUCUGCACAACAGCACCAUCCGCAGCACCAUCUACCAGCUCAUGCUCCACAGCCUGGACCCCCUGAGGGAAGUUCGCCUUGCCAAGGAGAAGGAGGAGGAGAGCUUGAAUCAAGAGUCCAGAGCCCAACCCCAGGCCAAAGCAGAAAGCAAACCAGAAGAUGAGGAGCCAGCCAAGCUCCCUGCGGUCACGGUCACACCAGCCCCUAUUCCAGACAUCAAGGGAGAUCAGAAGGAGAAUCCAGGCGGUCAGGAAGAUGUGGCUGAGGCCGAGAGCACAGGUGAAAUGACAGGCGAAGAGGGCGAAACUGCUGGUGAAGGUGAAACUGAAGAGAAAAGUGGAGGUGAAACUCAACCAGAAGGUGAAGGUGAAACUGAAACACAAGGAAAAGGAGAAGAACGUGAAGAUGAAAAUGAAGCAGAAGGAAAAGGAGACAAUCGAGGUGAAGGUGAGGGUGAAAUCCACGCAGAAGAUGGUGAAAUGAAAGGUAAUGAAAGUGAAACUGAAAGCCAGGAACUCAGUGCUGAAAAUCACGGUGAAGCCAAAAAUGAUGAGAAAGGUGUAGAAGAUGGAGGGGGAAGUGAUGGAGGGGAUAGCGAAGAGGAGAAAGAGGAGGAGGAAGAGGAGGAGGAAGAGGAGGAGGAGGAGGAAGAGGAGGAGAAAGAGGAGGAGGAAGAGGAGGAGAAAGAGGAGGAGGAAGAGGAGGAGGAAGAGGAGGAGAAGGGAAAUGAAGAGCCUCUGUCCCUGGACUGGCCUGAAACCAGGCAGAAGCAGGCCAUUUACCUCUUCCUCCUGCCCAUCGUGUUCCCACUGUGGCUGACAGUCCCCGACGUCCGAAGGCAGGAGUCUAGGAAGUUUUUUGUUUUCACCUUCCUGGGAUCUAUCGUGUGGAUAGCCAUGUUCUCAUACCUCAUGGUGUGGUGGGCUCACCAGGUUGGUGAAACAAUAGGAAUUUCUGAAGAGAUUAUGGGCCUGACAAUCCUUGCAGCAGGCACAUCAAUUCCUGACCUCAUCACCAGUGUGAUUGUCGCUCGAAAGGGCCUGGGAGACAUGGCUGUGUCAAGCUCUGUGGGCAGUAACAUAUUUGAUAUCACUGUGGGCUUGCCCGUUCCUUGGUUGCUUUUCUCUCUUAUCAAUGGAUUACAGCCAGUUCCAGUCAGCAGCAAUGGCUUGUUUUGUGCAAUUGUUUUGCUUUUUCUCAUGCUUCUGUUUGUGAUCUCUUCAAUUGCGUCAUGUAAAUGGCGAAUGAACAAGAUCCUGGGCUUCACAAUGUUCCUCCUUUACUUUGUAUUCCUGAUAAUCAGUGUGAUGUUAGAAGAUCGAAUCAUAUCCUGUCCUGUAUCUGUCUGAGUCAGUCACUCUUGCUCACAAUGGGCAUGGAUCAGAAGACCAUGCAGAAGUUAUUUUAUCUCUUGUGACACUAAUGAAAGAAUGUAUAUGAUCCUGGAAAGUGAACUGAGUGACCUAGGACCUCUGAUGUGAAUGUGAUCUGAGACUAAGGUUUGUCCUUGGAAACACCUGCAGCUCAUUGUGGAUUAAGACCCUCACCUCUGGAGGGGUGGGGUUUCUACCCCUGACUCAUGCAGACAUCUAUUACAUGGAGUCAGUAGAAGGACCCCUGGAGCCAGAGGGUUUUCUAAAUGAGAAAACUAGGGGCAAAGGUUGGGAUAGGCGCAGCAGCUAUAAGACAAGCUCCUAUGCUCACCGUUCCCUGAUCAUUCCUGAAGGGCUGCUGGCCCAAAAGAUGCAGAUGUGGUCUACAUCUCAGCCUUCCUCUCUGCCCCAAACGCACGCUGCAAUUUUGUCUGCUCCUUUUCUGUUCAAAAUGUGAGGUUCUAUCAGGUUUGUAAUCACUGUAGGUUCAGUUAUUGGUGAGUUUAAGGAUCCAAGGCUACAGAAAAAAAAGAAGUAUAACAGGAAUCAAUGAUCAUUCCACAUUUUAUAGCCCACUGCAUCUGGAUAUAUACCAGCAUUUUUUUCUUUCUUUUUUUUUGAGACAGUGUUUUGCUCUUGUUGCCCAGGCUGGAGUGCAAUGGCGUGAUCUCAGCACACCGCAACCUUCAACUCCCCGGUUCAAGCAAUUCUCCUGCCUCAGCCUGACAUCGUGAUCUGCCCACCUCGGCCUCCCAAAGUGCUGGGAUUACAGGCGUGAGCCACCGUGCCUGGCCUAUACCAGUAUUUUCUAGCUUAAAAGGAGGACUAUAUUAACUCUUAUUGUUGCAUUUCUGAAAAGUGAAAUUUAAAAAGCAGCCUGAAAAAUAAAAAUUUAUAAUUUGCCCUUGAAUUGGAAGGAAUGGAGAUUAGGAAAGGAAAACUACUCUAUAGGCCGUUUAAAAGUAUGUAUUUAUUAGAACAUGCAAAUUCAUGUUGUCUCCAUCAGUGGUCACCUUGAGGGAUUAGACAUUCUAAUGGAAUGCCCUGGCUCCACCCUUGGCCAGCUGUCCUGGCUCCACCCUCCAGCAUGUUCUCACCCAACAAUGACAGUUGAGUGGAGUGGGAAGGGAAGGGAAGUCAUUCUAAAGAGUCCAAAGUCAGUAGCACCAAUCUGGUUUAUAAAGUAAGAGAUCCAGUGGGGCAAUGCUAUUUUGUAUGUCAACCUAGAUAGGAUUAUAAAGCAAGACUGAUUUCUUCUGUGGUUUAUGAAUGGAUCUUAAGGUAAUUACAAAAGGGAAAUUCCAAGAAUGCAUAACACAAUGACAACAUGGUGAGAAAAGUGCAGUACUACUUCCAAGGUAGCUAGUGUAAAGGACACUCGAGUUUUUAAAAAUGUGGUUAAAUGUUUUAUGUGGAAUUUGAUGAGUUUGUAUAUUAAAUACCACUGCUUGCUGCUUGUACUAGAAUCAAGUUAAGGGACACAUUAGAAAUAGAACAGCUUAAUAUCACUGGCUUCAGAGCAAAAUGAGCUCAGGUGACUGCAGAUUAUGAUGGUAAAUAUGGCUUUAAUUACAAACAUGAGGAAUGAUUCACUGAAGAUGAAAAGAUAGGACGGAUGUGAUGUGAAAAAACCCAAACAUUUUGGCAUUGAACGAUGGCUAAGGUGUUCCAAGUAUUCCAUCUUUUAAGAUGAACUGCUUAAUUAAUUGCCUCGCUACCCCAGGAUUCCCAUUCUUUAGAAAUAAUUUUUAUUAAAUUUCAAUAAACUGAAUCCCAAUGGUAUUUUACUUUACAACAUGGAUGGGCUAUCCUUAUCUUUAGGUCAUUUGGUCAGAAUCCUCCUGAGAAGACUGAUGAAGAGUACAGAAUCAUGUUCCAGUUCUAUAUUCUUAAUUGUCCUUAUUCCUGAUGCUACUGCAUUGCUGGGUUUCCAUAGCCAAGGCCUAAGAACAGGAGGAGAAGGCAAUGCCUGCGGGAGGGAGGUCCCAAUACCAAAAUUCUGGGCGCUAACCUGGUGUCUGCAGCCUGUUCCCGUUAGCCUCGGGGAUGUCACCUCACCCACAGCCUGGGAUCUGACGUUCUUCCUCAGACUGAGUAAGGAGUGAUGGACCGUAAAAUGCUGUGUAAUGAUAAAAGGCUGAAAUAUCCAUUGAAUGAUUAAAACCAACUCUAAUAAUAUGA